AUGGAAGCUCGGUGGAACUUCACGUUAGACAUUUGCAACAGAUUGCAGCGGGACAAAGGCGUAGAAAAGCAGAAUUGGUGCCAUGACGGUGCAAGAGUAUGCGGGGUCCGCUCAUUUCACGACGUCUACGAUGUGAAGAAUGACACGAUUCAAGCCAUCGACAUUGCCGGUACCUACACGACGCAAGGCGGUCGCAACAUGGUCCUCGAUCCCACAUUCAAGCUUCUGCGAGACUCAGAAUCAAACUCUGAUGCGUCGCGAGAGGGUGUACGGGUUGAGCUGCACGGAGGUCGCUAUCCCUUCGAGUCCAAAACAAAAGGAAUAGACCAGCGUGCUAUCAUCGAAUUUGUAUGCGACCUGGAACGUGAAGGUGACGAGGGCGCCGAAAAAGAUACCAAUGAGCGCGCGGAGGAGCCCAAGAAAGAUGAGGGCACGGAUAAGGGCAAUGACGGCGACAAGAAGGAAGAGAAGAAGCUGAGCCGGCGAGACGGAGAGAAGGGCAAGUGUGAAGACAGCGAUGCGAGUCUGCGCUUCUGCGGAUACGAAGAUGAGAAGGCCGAGAAGGAUAAGCAGGUGAAGACGCUGCGGCUGGAAUGGCGGACAAAGUACGCAUGCGAGAAUGCGCCUGCGCCGGAUGGCGGAAAAGGCUGGGGCUUCUUCACCUGGUUCAUCAUCAUUCUCUUCCUCGCUACCGCCGCAUACCUCAUCUUUGGCUCCUGGCUUAAUUACAACCGCUAUGGCGCCCGCGGUUGGGACCUUCUUCCACAUGGCGACACUAUACGCGACAUCCCGUACAUAGUAAAGGAUUUGGGACGCAAGGUCGUGAAUGCAGUACAAAGUCCGGGCAGCAGGGGUGGGUACAGUGCUGUCUGA